AUGGAAUACGACAAUAAUAACAGCAAUGAUAAUUUUGAAUACCAGCAAUUAAAAAUUUUAGAUAAGGCACUAGAUAUUCUGAUAGAAGUUGAUAAAGCUUGGGAAAUUUCAAGGUCUGGUAUAAAUUUGGCUUUUGAGAUUGAUCAACAAUAUAGUGUUCAUGAAAAAGUUAGUAACAUUUUAUUCACUAGUAUGGCUGCUGCUAUAAAAGCUGGUGGUGCCAAGGGAGAAGGAGUUGGAGCAUUUUUCAAAGGUGGGCCUGCCAGAGUUUUCAGAUCUUCGCCGCAAUUUGGCACAACGUUAAUGGUUUACGAGUUGUUACAAAGGUGGUUUCCUUGGAAUGUCAAGGCUUACACCACUACUACUGCUGCUAAAACCGAUAAUAUUGGUGGUGAUAGUAGUAGAGAUCUCGAUUAUUUAAAGAGUAGAAACGCUUUAAAAAUUUUGUUGGAUUUGGAUUACAAAUUUGGAGUUUCUCCAAACAAUAUUGAUAAACCAAUUAUACCAAGUGUUUUAUAUAACUCAUAG